AUGACAGAGGCAGAGCCAGUGCUGUCAAUGUGCCUGGCAUUCGCCAAACAACCAUUUGAGAUCAAGCCGGGUUCCUGUGGAACCGUUGUCAGGAAUGCACAGAUGAAGAUAGUCGACCCUGAUACCGGAUCCUCUCUCCCCAGGAACCAGCCUGGCGAGAUCUGCAUCCGAGGCCAUCAAAUCAUGAAAGGUGUUCUUCAGGGAGUCGAUUCCGGUCCGGAGGCACCAUCUGGGAAAAUACUGAGGAAGAAUUUGAGAGCAGAGUUGGCUGAUGGUAUCAGAAACUGA